CACACCAAAACCCUUUCGCAUCAAUCUCUGCUGUAAUUAGUAAUUACGCAAUCUCUCUCUCUCUAGAAAAUCGAAUUCGAGUGUAACAAUUUAGUUUGAUUUUGUUGUUAGAGGAAUUGGAAAACACGCGUGAACUGAGCUUGAUAGUUGAAUCAGCUAAGUUGUUUCCAAGGUGAUAUUGUUGAGAUUCUCGAGACCAUGCCGGACGUGCAUGCCCUCGUAAAUGAAUUCACUAACAAGCUCAAGAAACGUAAAAUUGAGGGUUCUAAGAGUACAGCGAAGCAGACGGCGGAGCUGCUUCGAUCAGUGAUAUCGCAGCAGCGAAUUCCCCACACAAACCAGGCUGGGGCUCUUAUUGAUGCUGUUUCGGCUGUUGGGAAGCAGCUUAUUGCCGCAAAUCCUGUGGAGCUUGCUGUUGGUAAUAUUGUGAGGCGUGUUUUACAUCUAAUUAGAGAGGAGGAUCUUUCUCUUGCAACUGCUGCUAUUGGUGGGUUGGGUUUAGCAACUGUAAGUGAUGAUGACGAUGAUGCUGAGCAAGGUGAUCACCCAGUUUUAUCAGCUGCUGCCGUUGCUGCUGCUGCUAGAAGCAGUCUGAGGCCUCCUUCCUUGCAAACCCUUCUUGAGGAUCUGCCUCACUCAACAGCUGUGCCUCACACUGGAUCUUCUGGGGGUGAUUCUGAAGAAAAAAGCAAAUCUAAUGAUAAAAAUUCAAGGAGUCGGAAGCUAAAGCAUAAUGUAAUUGAGGGGGUUAAUGAACUUAUCCAAGAUAUUUCCACUUGCCAUGAACAGAUUGCCGAGCAAGCAGUGGAGCAUAUUCAUCAAAAUGAGGUAAUAUUAACUUUAGGAAGUUCGAGAACAGUAAUGGAGUUUCUGUACGCUGCCAAGGAGAAAAAGAGAUCGUUUAGGGUAUUUGUUGCAGAAGGUGCUCCAAGAUAUCAGGGGCAUAUUCUUGCGAAAGAAUUGGUUGCAAGAGGAUUACAAACCACAGUAAUUACUGAUUCUGCAGUUUUUGCCAUGAUUUCUCGAGUGAACAUGGUUAUAGUUGGAGCUCAUGCUGUCAUGGCCAACGGUGGGGUUAUUGCACCUGUUGGUUUGAAUAUGGUUGCACUAGCUGCUCAAAGGCAUGCUGUACCCUUUGUCGUACUUUCUGGAAUUCACAAGUUGUGUCCAUUGUAUCCGCAUAAUCCAGAGGUAUUACUUAAUGAGUUGAAGUCCCCAUCUGAGCUGCUUGACUUUGGAGAAUUCUCAGAUUGCAUGGAUUUUGGAAGUGGUUCUGGUUCCCCUCUUCUUCAUGUUGUCAAUCCUGCAUUUGAUUAUGUGCCACCGAAGCUUGUCAGUUUAUUCAUUACUGAGACAGGAGGGCAUAACCCAUCAUACAUGUACCGGCUCAUUGCAGAUUAUUACUCUGCUGAUGAUAUGGUGGUACAAGGGUGACCUGCUUCUUUAAAUUGGGUUUGGCUACCUUCGCAUUUUAAUAUAUUGCGCAGUUGAGGUAGGUACUUCCGAAGAAAAUGUUAGCAAGGAGAACCAAAUUAUUUAUUCAGAUGGUAGUUUGUGGAAUUAUGUUUGCCAUUUUUUAGGCUCAUAGAAAACUCGGGUGUCGAGGAAACUGCAGUUUGAAGAUAGAGGCGGGCAUCCAUAUAUGGGUAGAGGAAAAUGUUUCAGUUUUCUGUGGGGAGGGAGGUAUAGGCUAAGAAUUGUAACGAGAGGAACAAAGAAAGGCAGGACAAGUAAAUUCUGCCUUUCCGAGGUUGAUUGGUGUAUACUAUAGCCAAACUGUGGUAUAGGAGGCUUGUUUUACAAAUGAGGAACUUGUGGGUGUGUUGUUUAUUGCUGAAUGUGUGUGUGUUUUUUGUUUUUUUUGGGUAAGUUGUUGCUGAAAGUUUUGAAUGUUGCUAUUGAAUACUUUUCUCUGUUACAGUUUUUUUAUGGAAAUUUAUUGAAGUUAGGGAACUAAUGACAGUUUCUUUUUCA